AUGGCAUCUAGAAAGCCGAGGAGGGACUAUCCACAGAGAUUGUAUCCACCCGGAAAAUCUCCUUUGCAAAACCGAAGUAUGCAUCACAAUUGCUCCUUCUCUGGUUUUGGAGAGCUUGAAUCGGUUGUUGGGGAGACAGUUUACAAUGACGUCAUGAAUAAUUCACAAGUGGGAGUGAUUCUUAAGCUUGCUUCAAGGGGCUACGUCUGGUCUGCGAAGACAUGCCACAAUCUUCUAACCAAUCAGUUGGCAGUCCAGCGGAACUAUGAGAUAUGGUCCUUGAUUGGGGGUCGUCCUAUCCGGUUUAGCCUCCAUGAGUUUCAUGAUAUUACACGGCUAAACUGUGAGCCGUUUGAAGAUGAUGAAGACUUGAAUGUUGACCACAAGGAGUUUUGGGAUUUGGUCGGCAUUAAAUCAGGUGAAGGACCUAGCUGGGAAGAGUUGGACACUGCGUUUGCAGUAUGCGGUAGUUGGGAUUAUGAGGAGAAGAGGAAGUUUGCAUUGUUGUUUGUGCUGCAUGUGGGAAUAUUUGGUCUUGCUCGAAAUUCUAGAAUCCCUUUCAAGGCUGCCAGAAGAGUGUUGGUUCCUGAAAAGUUUGAGAGCUAUCCUUGGGGUAGAGUUGCAUUUCAGCAGUUAGUGCAGGCGAUUAAAAUAGCGAAAUUUGACGGCCCUUCCUACACCAUUCCUGGUUUUGUGCAUCCGCUGCUUAUAUGGGCAUACGAGGCUGUCGAGAUUAUCGGAGAAAGAUUUGGGAGGAGACGUGAUGCUCCAAUCCCUCUUCUACAAUGGCAAUCAUCACGUAAGCGAUACAAUCUGGAGGCCCUGAUGGAGGAGGAUAAGAAGAUGAGCGUCGAUAACAAGGCUCGUGUUAGGCACUUCGUGGAGAAGCCUCUUGCUGAGAUAUAUCCGAAAUGGCCGGAUGAAAAACCAGACUGUGACAAGAAGGUUGACAAUAUGAUUCGCGAUAUUCUUGAUGGCUGCUUGGAUGAAUCUUUUGGGGAAUCCGACGAGGGUGCAAAGAAUAAGAUGAAGAAAAAGAUGAAGACUAAGGCGGUGGAAGAAGAGGACGAUGACUUUAUUGAAAAGCCUCCAUCAAAGUCUUCCAAGAAAAAACCAAGAGCACAAGCUGAAGAGGAGCAUAGACGAAAGAAGGCUUGGGACCAAAGGCGAAAGAAGGCAUCUAAUGUGGCGAGAAGCGAUGACUCAACCGAAACUUCAAUGUCUUUGGAUGAUGACACAACAAUGGAUGAUGCAGCUAGAAAAAUGAAACUACCACCGAGAAAAGAGAAGAAUAUCGAGAAGGAAGAAGAAAAUAGGCACUCUGAGCUUACCGCAAUGCUACAAAUGGUGUUGGAGAAGGUUAAUGAGAUAGAUCAGAGGGUGUCUACAAUGGAGGGGUCAAGACAACGUCGUCAGAAAGACCCGAGGCCAGAUGUGAACUCCAAUGUCGAGAGCGGUGGUCAGCCGAGCGCCGCAGAAGACCGGAGCCCAGAUCCGGAGCGCAGACCAAGAAGAUUCGUGAACUUGGUGCUGAGCUUCACCUCGCUAAAAGGAAGGCUGAAAGGGAGGCUAUUGGAGAGGAGGUUGAGAAGCUGA